UGACCACCAAAUACUAUGGCCUCCUGUCCACAGAGAGGAUGGAAGGAAGGGAAGGGAAGGAAAGGAAGAGAGAGGGAGAGAGAGCGAGGGAGGGGCCCGCAGGGUCGCAAGACAAGCUUUUCUUCUGGACCUUUCCCUCCCGCCACCAACGACCUCGCAGUCCGAUCCGGGACGAUCCGGGACGAUCAGGAACCAGCGGCUAUUGUUGCCCUCCUCAUCCCGAAUCAACCAUCCCCUCGCACUUCGAUUACUUACCGAUCGCACCCAAUAUUAACAUCUGUCGCCCCCCCGUUUUGCCCAUCACCCACUCCAGGAAACCUCGAUCAUCUCCGCCUGUGCAGCAGCUGCAGCCGUUCUGUUGGAGUGCUUGUGUGGUGCCGCGCGCGGUCUUUAAGGAUGGAGUCCCUCGCGCUGCGAUCUGCCGUGGUUGCCACCGGAUUGACCUCCAGUGUGGCAUCCCAAACCUCUGUGCAGACCCGCGCUACGGUUUCGUCUGCUUUCAUCGGGAAGAGCAUACGUGUGAACACUAAACUCAACGCCUCAGCUGUGCCCGUCCAGCAGAAGUUCCGCUACGUGCGUGCCGACGCUGGUGCACAGACUGCGCAGGUUGAGACCGUUGAGAAGAAGGCUAGCAUUAAGGACGUUCCCGAGUCGGAAUUCCAGGGCAAGGUUGUGUUCGUGCGUGCUGAUCUGAACGUACCUCUCAAUGAUGCAUGCGAAAUCACCGAUGACACCCGAAUCCGUGCCUCCCUCCCGACCAUCCAGCAUCUUACGAAGGCCGGAGCCAAGGUGGUGCUCGCUAGCCAUUUGGGUCGCCCCAAGAAGGGCCCUGAGGACAAAUUCAGCUUGAAGCCCGUUGCAGGGAGACUGACCGAGUUGCUUGGCCAGACCGUGGAAUUGGCCCCUGAUUGCAUUGGUGCUGAAGUAGAAUCUAAGAUUGCAGCACUGAAGAAUGGUGAAGUUCUCCUUCUGGAGAAUGUUAGGUUCUACAAGGAAGAGGAGAAGAACGACAGCGAGUUCUCCCAAAAGCUUGCCAAGGGUGUCGAUAUCUUCGUUAACGACGCCUUCGGCACUGCCCACCGCGCUCACUCAUCUACUGCAGGAAUUGCUGAGUACGUUGGCAAGACUGUGGCUGGGUUCCUCUUGGAGAAGGAGUUGGCUUAUCUCGCUGGCGCCGUGAAGGCCCCAGCCAGGCCUUUCGUUGCCAUUGUUGGAGGCAGCAAGGUCUCAUCGAAGAUUACUGUGAUUGAGUCCUUGAUGAACGUGUGCGACAAGGUCAUUUUGGGAGGUGGCAUGAUCUUUACCUUCUUCAAGGCAGACGGCAAGGAUGUUGGAAGUUCCCUAGUGGAGGAUGACAAGAUUGAUUUGGCCAAGGACCUCGUGGCUCUAGCUAAGAAGAAGGGCGUUGAGCUCAUUCUCCCCGUCGAUGUCACCGCAGCUGAUAAGUUCUCUCCCGAAGCCAACACUCAAGUGUGCAGCUCCUCGAACAUCCCUGCCGGCUGGAUGGGACUAGACAUUGGCCCGAAGGCAAUCGACCAAUUCCAGGAUGCCCUGAAGGGCGCCAAGACGGUUCUGUGGAACGGACCGAUGGGAGUGUUCGAGUUCGAGAAGUUCGCGGACGGAACAACUGCCGUCGCUAAAACUUUGGCAGGUUUGACCAAGGAGGGUGCCAUCACCAUCAUUGGAGGAGGUGACUCCGUCGCAGCCGUUGAGAAGGCUGGACUCGCCGACCAGAUGAGCCAUGUGUCCACCGGAGGAGGGGCCAGUCUCGAGUUGUUGGAAGGCAAGGUAUUGCCAGGAGUUGCUGCUCUUGACAACGCUUAAAUGCCUCUUUUGCCGAAGAGGUGAAUUCCGUCCACGAACUCGCAGUAGAGUGACAAUGUCACUGAGUGCACCCCCGGCUCUGGCUGUCUAAUCAUAUGAUUCAUUUUUUUGGUAGUUUUUUUUGUGAUUUGCCUUUGUACCAGUAAACACAGAUUAUGACCAGUAAAGAACUCCAGCUCGAUUUACCUGGAUGCUUGGUAUUCUCUUA